CAACGCAGAUUACAUGGGCACAUCGUCCACGUAGCGGUUCGAGUACUCAUAAUCGUAACUCGUACUCGCGCAUAUUGGUGUAUAGCAGUGCCUGUUAAAAGCGACACUUCGUGCAACGUACUCGAAUAACGCGUAACGAAUUCUUAAUCGCUAUGGAUCAAAUCAAGAAGCUCACCGAACCUGGCCGUCAAUUUGCCAAGGAUAGCAUUCGGCUUGUCAAAAGAUGCACCAAGCCAGAUCGCAAAGAGUUUCAGAAGAUUGCUAUUGCUACUGCGAUUGGUUUCUGCAUAAUGGGCUUCAUAGGAUUCUUUGUUAAACUAAUUCACAUUCCAAUCAAUAAUAUCAUUGUAGGUUCAUAAAAAAUUAAUCUCGAAGAUUUUUAUUCCUAAGGAAAUUAUUGAUAAGAUUCCGAUAUAAGACUUCCGUUGUUAUAUCCCCUUACUAUUAUUUAUAACGUAAAAAUGUAUUGUAUACUAAAUCGAUUUUAUAAUCGAUUGAGUGAAAUAAGUGAAAGACGUGUGCAUAAUAUUAGUGAAUUUUGUAAUAAAACAGUUAUCUAAAAAAUUA